CGCGGAGCGGAGCCGCGGGCAGGCCGGGCCGCACCGGAGCCCCGCGUCCGCCCGCGUCCCGCCUGAGCCGUGCGCCCGCGCCCUGCGCCCCGCGAUGCGCGCCAAGUUGCGGACCAGGGACCCGGGGCUGGCGCCCUAGGAGGCGGCGGCGGGAGGAUCGCGCCCCGGCUGGAGGCCGGGCCUGCUGCGCGCCCCCAGCCCGAUCGGCACCGCCACUUGCCUGAGCGCCCGGGCAGCCCGAGCGCACCCCGAGCUCGGGCGCCGCCGCCUCCACCUCCGCGAGGUCCCCCAGAGCCUUUGAGGACACAGCGUUGCUGGUGGCUGUUUCUGGUGCCUGGCACAGGGAGGCCCUUGAGCAGAUGACGAAGACUGGCUUUUAAUCCUUGGAGACCAUUGAGAGGGAGCUUACAGGGGCCCACGAGCCCCCCUGGACGCCCACCACCAUGUCGGGGUCCACGCAGCCCGUGGCACAGACGUGGAGGGCCACCGAGCCCCGUUACCCGCCCCACGGCGUCUCCUACCCCGUGCAGAUCGCCCGGCCACACACGGACGUCGGGCUGCUUGAGUACCAGCACCACCCCCGUGACUACACCUCACACCUGUCGCCUGGCUCCAUCAUCCAGCCCCAGCGGAGGAGGCCCUCCCUGCUGUCUGAAUUUCAGCCCGGGAAUGAAAGGUCCCAGGAGCUUCACCUGCGACCCGAGUCGCACUCAUACCUGCCUGAGCUGGGCAAGUCGGAGAUGGAAUUCCUGGAGAGCAAGCGCCCUCGCCUGGAGCUGCUGCCUGACCCGCUGCUGCGGCCCUCGCCCCUGUUGGCCACUGGCCAGCCCGGGGGCUCCGAGGACCUGUCCAAGGACCGCAGCCUGACAGGCAAGCUGGAGCCGGUGUCUCCUCCCAGCCCCCCACAUGCUGACCCUGAGUUGGAGCUGGUACCUCCACGGCUCUCCAAGGAGGAGCUGAUCCAGAAUAUGGAUCGGGUGGACCGCGAGAUCACCAUGGUAGAGCAGCAGAUCUCCAAGCUGAAGAAGAAGCAGCAACAGCUGGAGGAGGAGGCCGCCAAGCCACCGGAGCCCGAGAAGCCCGUGUCGCCACCACCCAUCGAGUCGAAGCAUCGCAGCCUGGUGCAGAUCAUCUACGACGAGAACCGGAAGAAGGCCGAGGCUGCACAUCGGAUUCUGGAAGGCCUGGGGCCCCAGGUGGAGCUGCCAUUGUACAACCAGCCCUCCGACACCAGGCAGUAUCAUGAGAACAUCAAAAUAAACCAGGCGAUGCGGAAAAAGUUAAUCUUGUACUUCAAGAGGAGGAAUCACGCCCGGAAACAAUGGGAGCAGAAGUUCUGCCAGCGCUAUGACCAGCUCAUGGAGGCCUGGGAGAAGAAGGUGGAGCGCAUUGAGAACAACCCCCGGCGGCGGGCCAAGGAGAGCAAGGUGCGCGAGUACUACGAGAAGCAGUUCCCCGAGAUCCGCAAGCAGCGGGAGCUGCAGGAGCGCAUGCAGAGCAGGGUGGGCCAGCGGGGCAGCGGGCUCUCCAUGUCGGCCGCCCGCAGCGAGCACGAGGUGUCCGAGAUCAUUGAUGGCCUCUCGGAGCAGGAGAACCUGGAGAAGCAGAUGCGCCAGCUGGCCGUGAUCCCACCGAUGCUGUACGACGCCGACCAGCAGCGUAUCAAGUUCAUCAACAUGAACGGGCUUAUGGACGACCCCAUGAAGGUGUACAAAGACCGCCAGGUCAUGAACAUGUGGAGCGAGCAGGAGAAGGAGACCUUCCGGGAGAAAUUCAUGCAGCACCCCAAGAACUUCGGCCUGAUCGCAUCGUUCCUGGAGAGGAAGACGGUGGCUGAGUGUGUCCUCUAUUACUACCUGACCAAGAAGAAUGAGAACUACAAGAGCCUGGUGAGACGCAGCUACCGGCGCCGUGGCAAGGGCCAGCAACAGCAGCAGCAGCAGAUGCCCCGCAGCAACCAGGAGGAGAAAGAUGAGAAGGAGAAGGAGAAGGAGGCCGAGAAGGAGGAGGAGAAGCCGGACGUGGAGAAUGACAAGGAGGAGCUGAUCAAGGAGAAGACGGAUGACACCUCUGGGGAAGACAACGAUGAGAAGGAGGCAGUGGCCUCCAAAGGCCGCAAAACCGCCAACAGCCAGGGAAGACGCAAAGGCCGCAUCACCCGCUCAAUGGCCAAUGAGGCCAACAGCGAGGAGGCCAUCACCCCGCAGCAGAGCGCCGAGCUGGCUUCCAUGGAGAUGAACGAGAGUUCUCGCUGGACCGAAGAAGAGAUGGAAACAGCCAAGAAAGGUCUCCUGGAACACGGCCGGAACUGGUCGGCCAUCGCCCGGAUGGUGGGCUCCAAGACGGUGUCCCAGUGUAAGAACUUCUACUUCAACUACAAGAAGAGGCAGAACCUGGAUGAGAUCCUGCAGCAGCACAAGCUGAAGAUGGAGAAGGAGAGGAACGCACGGAGGAAGAAGAAGAAAGCGCCAGCUGCUGCCAGUGAGGAGGCUGCCUUCCCGCCCGUGGUGGAGGACGAGGAGAUGGAGGCGUCAGGCGUGAGCGGGAACGAAGAGGAGAUGGCGGAGGAGGCAGAAGCCACUGUCAACAACAGCUCCGACACCGAGAGCAUCCCAUCGCCCCGCACCGAGGCCGCCAAGGACGCCGCGCAGAACGGGCCCAAGCCCCCGCCCACCCCGGGCGCCGAUGCGCCACCCCCUGAGCCCCCCAGCCCGCCACCUGAGGACGCCCCGGCCCCCAGCGAGCCCGCCCCGGCCCCCGAAGCCGCCUGCCCGCCCGCGUCCCCACCGGCACCCGCCUCGCCUGCCGCGGCCCCUGCUCUGGUCCCCAAGGAGGAGAAGGAGGAAGAGGCCGCAGCCGCCCCCUCGGCCCAAGAGGGGGAGGAGCAGAAGCCCCCUGCGGCCCCGGAGCUGGCAGCCGACGUGGGCAAGACGGAGAGCCCGGCGAGGCGCCCCCCCUCGGAGCCCAUCAAGAGCGAGUGCAAGGAGGAGGCCGCCGAGGAGGGGCCCGCCAAGGUCAAGGGCACGGAGGCCGCAGCCGAGGCCGCCCCCGAGGGCGCGCUCCAGGUGGAGAAGAAGGAGGGCGGCGGCCCUGGGGGCAAGGGCCCCGCGGCCAAGGGCUCGGGCGCCCCCCAGGACAGCGACUCCAGCGCCACCUGCAGCGCCGACGAGGUCGACGAGCCCGAGGGCGGCGACAAGAACAGGCUCCUGUCGCCACGGCCCAGCCUCCUCACCCCGACCAGCGACGCCAGGACCAACGCUUCGCCCCAGAAGCCGCUGGACCUGAAGCAGCUGAAGCAGCGGGCGGCCGCCAUUCCCCCGAUUCAGGUCGCCAAAGCCCACGAGCCCCCCCGGGAGGACGCGGCGCCCCCCAAGCCAGCUGCCCCUGCUCCUCCGCCAGCGCAGCACCUGCAGCCGGAGAGCGACGCCCCCAGCAGGCCCGGCCGCAGCCCUCGAGGCAGAAGCGGGAGCCCCGUGCCUGCUGCUGAGAAGGAGGCAGAGAAGCCCGUGUUCUUCCCGGCCUUUGCGGCUGAGGGCCAGAAGCUGCCCACGGAUCCCUCGUGCUGGACGUCAGGCCUGCCCUUCCCUGUGCCCCCUCGCGAGGUGAUCAAGGCCUCUCCGCACGCCCCUGACCCCUUGGCCUUCUCCUACGCACCGCCUGGUCACCCGCUGCCCCUGGGCCUCCAUGACAGCGCCCGGCCCGUCCUACCACGCCCACCCACCAUCUCCAACCCGCCGCCCCUCAUCUCCUCCACCAAGCACCCCAGCGUCCUUGAGAGGCAAAUGGGUGCCAUCUCCCAGGGAAUGUCUGUGCAGCUCCACGUCCCGUACUCAGAGCAUGCCAAGGCCCCCGUGGGCCCCAUCACCAUGGGGCUGCCCCUCACCGUGGACCCCAAGAAGCUGGCGCCCUUCAGCGGAGUGAAGCAGGAGCAGCUGUCCCCACGGGGCCAGGCUGGGCCACCGGAGAGCCUGGGGGUACCUACGGCUCAGGAGACGUCCGUGCUGAGAGGGACGUCUCUGGGCUCGGUUCCAGGAGGAAGCAUCACCAAGGGCAUCCCCAGCACGCGGGUGCCUUCCGAGAGCCCCGUCACGUACCGCGGCUCCAUCACCCAUGGCACUCCAGCCGACGUCCUGUACAAGGGCACCAUCACCAGGAUCAUCGGUGAGGACAGCCCAAGCCGCCUGGACCGCAGCCGGGAGGAUGGCCUGCCCAAGGGCCACGUCAUCUACGAGGGCAAGAAGGGCCACGUGCUGUCCUACGAGGGUGGCAUGUCCGUGUCCCAGUGCUCCAAGGAGGAUGGCAGGAGCAGCUCAGGACCUCCCCACGAGACGGCCGCCCCCAAGCGCACCUAUGACAUGAUGGAGGGCCGUGUCAGCAGGGCCAUCUCCUCAGCCAGCAUCGAAGGUCUCAUGGGCCGCGCCAUCCCGCCUGAGCGACACAGCCCCCACCACCUCAAGGAGCAGCACCACAUCCGAGGCUCCAUCACGCAAGGGAUCCCACGAUCCUACGUGGAGGCCCAGGAAGACUACCAGCGUCGGGAGGCCAAGCUCCUGAAGCGUGAGGGCACGCCGCCCCCGCCCCCCCCGCCCCCACGGGACCUGGCCGAGGCCUACAAGGCCCGGCCCUUGGAGGCCCUGGGCCCCCUGAAGCUGAAGCCGGCCCACGAGGGCCUGGUGGCGACAGUGAAGGAGGCCGGCCGCUCCAUCCAUGAGAUUCCGCGGGAGGAGCUGCGGCGCACGCCCGAACUGCCCCUGGCCCCGCGGCCGCUCAAGGAGGGCUCCAUCACGCAGGGCACCCCGCUCAAGUAUGACACCAGCACGUCCUCCACCGGCUCCAAAAAGCACGACGUGCGCUCCAUCAUCGGCAGCCCCGGCCGGACGUUCCCGGCGGUGCACCCGUUGGACGUGAUGGCCGACACCCGGGCGCUGGAGCGCGCCUGCUACGAGGAGAGUCUGAAGAGCCGGCCGGGCGCCGUCAGCAGCUCGGGGGGCUCCAUCACCCGGGGGGCCCCGGUCAUCGUGCCUGAGCUGGGCAAGCCACGGCAGAGCCCCCUGACCUACGAGGACCACGCGGCACCCUUCGCCAGCCACCUACCCCGCGGAUCACCGGUGACCACACGGGAGCCAACCCCGCGCCUGCAGGAGGGCAGCCUCUCGUCCAGCAAGGCAUCCCAGGACCGAAAGCUGACGUCCACGCCCCGUGAGAUCGCCAAGUCCCCACACAGCACCGUGCCUGAACAUCACCCCCACCCCAUGUCGCCCUACGAGCACCUGCUCCGGGGCGUGAGUGGCGUGGACCUGUACCGCGGCCACAUCCCGCUGGCCUUCGACCCCACCUCCAUCCCCCGUGGGAUCCCUCUGGAUGCAGCCGCUGCCUAUUACCUGCCCCGGCACCUGGCCCCCAACCCCACCUACCCACACCUGUACCCGCCUUACCUCAUCCGCGGCUACCCCGACACGGCGGCACUGGAGAACCGCCAGACAAUCAUCAACGACUACAUCACCUCGCAGCAGAUGCACCACAACGCGGCCACCGCCAUGGCCCAGCGAGCUGACAUGCUGAGGGGUCUGUCGCCCCGCGAGUCCUCGCUGGCGCUCAACUACGCCGCCGGCCCGCGAGGCAUCAUCGACCUGUCCCAAGUGCCACACCUGCCUGUGCUGGUGCCCCCGACACCAGGCACUCCGGCCACCGCCAUGGACCGCCUAGCCUACCUCCCCACGGCACCGCAGCACUUCAGCAGCCGGCUCAGCAGCUCCCCGCUCUCCCCAGGAGGCCCCACUCACUUGACAAAGCCCACGGCCUCGGCCUCGUCCGAGAGGGAGCGGGAACGGGAGCGCGAUCGGGAGAAGUCCAUCCUCGCGUCCGCCACCACGGUGGAGCACGCGCCCAUCUGGAGACCCGGUACGGAGCAGAGCGGCGGCGGCGGCGGCGGCGGCGGGGGUGGGAGCGGCGGCAGCCGCCCCGCCUCCCACUCCCACUCCCACCAGCACUCGCCCAUCUCACCCCGGACCCAGGACGCCAUCCAGCAGAGGCCCAGCGUGCUGCACAACACGGGCAUGAAGAACAUCGUCACCUCCGUGGAGCCCAGCACGCCCACGGUCCUGAGGUCCACCUCCACCUCCUCGCCUGUCCGCCCGGCCGCCACAUUCCCACCCGCCACCCACUGCCCACUGGGUGGCACCCUCGACGGGGUCUACCCCACCCUCCUGGAGCCUGUCUUGCUGCCUAAGGAGGCCCCGCGGGUCACCCGGCCCGAGCGGCCCCGAGCGGACGCCGGCCACACCUUCCUCGCCAAGCCCCCAGCCCGCGCGGGGCUGGAGCCCGUGUCCUCCCCCGGCAAGGGCUCCGAGCCCCGGCCCCUGGCGCCGCCUGGCUCCGGCCACGCAGCCAUCGCCCGCGCCCCGGCGAAGGGCCUCACGCCCCACCACGCCAGCCCGGACCAGCCAGCGCCGCCCGCCUCGGCCUCGGACCUGCACCGGGAAAAGACUCAAAGUAAACCCUUUUCCAUCCAGGAAUUGGAACUCCGUUCUCUGGGUUACCACGGCGGCGGCUACAGUCCUGAUGGGGUGGAGCCCGUCAGCCCCGUGAGCUCGCCCAGCCUGACCCAUGACAAGGGGCUCCCCAAGCACCUGGAGGAACUCGACAAGAGCCACCUGGAAGGGGACCUGCGGCACAAGCAGCCAGGCCCGGGGAAGCUCAGCGGCGAGGCUGCACACCUCCCACACCUGCGGCCGCUGCCCGAGAGCCAGCCCUCGUCCAGCCCGCUGCUCCAGACCACCCCAGGGGUCAAAGGUCACCAGCGGGUGGUCACGCUGGCACAGCACAUCAGUGAGGUCAUCACGCAGGACUACACGCGGCACCACCCGCAGCAGCUCAGCGCGCCCCUCCCUGCCCCCCUUUACUCCUUCCCCGGAGCCAGCUGCCCCGUCCUGGACCUUCGCCGCCCGCCCAGCGACCUCUACCUCCCAGCCCCGGACCAUGGCGCCCCGGCCCGUGGCUCACCCCACAGUGAAGGGGGCAAGAGGUCUCCAGAGCCAAGCAAGACGUCAGCCUUGGGCAGCAGUGAGGAUGGUAUAGAACCUGUGUCCCCGCCGGAGGGCAUGGCAGAGCCCGGGCAUCCCCGGAGCACCAUGUACCCGCUGCUGUACCGGGACGGGGAGCAGGCGGAGCCCAGCAGGAUGGGCUCCAAAUCCCCAGGCAACACCAGCCAGCCGCCGGCCUUCUUCAGCAAGCUGACCGAGAGCAACUCGGCCAUGGUCAAAUCUAAGAAGCAGGAGAUCAACAAGAAGCUGAACACCCACAACCGGAACGAGCCAGAAUACAAUAUUGGCCAGCCCGGGACGGAGAUCUUCAACAUGCCCGCCAUCACCGGAGCAGGCCUCAUGACCUGCAGAAACCAGGCGGUGCAGGAGCAUGCUAGCACCAACAUGGGGCUGGAGGCCAUUAUUAGAAAGGCGCUCAUGGGUAAAUAUGAUCAGUGGGAGGAGCACCCGCUCAGCGCCAAUGCUUUUAACCCUCUGAAUGCCAGUGCCAGCCUGCCCGCUGCUAUGCCCGUAACCGCUGCUGACGGACGGAGGGAACACGCGCUCACCUCGCCAGGUGGUGGCGGGAAGGCCAAAGUCUCUGGCAGACCCAGCAGCCGAAAAGCCAAGUCCCCGGCCCCAGGCCUGGCGUCUGGGGACCGGCCACCCUCCGUCUCCUCAGUGCAUUCGGAGGGAGACUGCAACCGCCGGACCCCACUCACCAACCGCGUGUGGGAGGACCGGCCCUCGUCCGCAGGGUCCACACCGUUCCCCUACAACCCCCUGAUCAUGCGGCUGCAGGCGGGGGUCAUGGCCUCCCCGCCCCCGCCUGGCCUCCCCGCGGGCAGCGGGCCCCUGGCCGGCCCCCAUCACGCCUGGGACGAGGAGCCCAAGCCGCUGCUCUGCUCGCAGUACGAGACGCUCUCCGACAGCGAGUGAGGCUCAGAACGGGGUGGGCCGGCGAGCGGCCGGCUGCCGACUCCCCCCACCGAGGAAGGAGCCCCUGAGUCUGCCUGUGCGCCCGUCUGUCCGUCCGUCCGUCCAGAGCCGGCAUCCUUGCCUGUCUAAAGCCUUAACUACGACUCCCGCCCCGGCUGGCCCUGUGCAGUGACCUUACUCAGGGGAUGUUUACCUGGUGCUCGGGAGGGGAGGGGCCGGGGAGGGGGCACGGCAGGCGUGUGGCGGCCACACGCGCACAGCCGGGGCGGCCAGGGACCCAAAGCAGGACGACCACGCACCUCCCACGCCACUGCCUCCCCACCUAACGCAUUUGGAACCAAAGUCUAAACUGAGCUAGCAGGCCCCGCACCCGCCCUCCGUCCCCAUCCCGCUUAGCACUCUGGACAGACGGACACAGGCCCUGUCCAGGCCCCAGCGCUCUUGUCCCGGUCCCCACGGGCUGCCCCAGCCGACGAGAUCGCUGGAAACCAAGUCAGGCCAGAUGGGCAGGCGACAGGGCCGGGUGCGGCCUGGGGUGAGCGGCUGCUCCGAGGAACUGGACUGUUUUUUUCAUACAUCGUUGCCGCAGCGGUGGGAAGGAAAGGCAGGUGUAAAUGAUAUAUUGGUUUACAGGGUAUAUUUUUGAUACCUUCAAUGAAUUAAUUCAGAUGUUUUAAGCAAGGAAGGACUUACCCAGUAUUAUUGCUGCUGUGCUUUCGAUCUCUGCUUACCGUUCAAGAGGCGUGCGCAGGCCAACAGUCGGUGACCCCAUAGUCCGCAGGACCGAGGUGGGGCAGGGGCUGCCAGCUCUCGAGCCCCCCUGCGUCCUCCCUCCCUCCCUUCCUUGGGCAGAAUGAGUUUGAAGGGGAUUCUGUGACCGCCAUCUGCGCACGGCGGUGGCGUCCUGUCAUUUACACACGUUCUUCUCAUUAAAAAGCGAAUUAUACUCGAGUUA